CGCGAUCAUUUCUAAUCAUACCGAAUCGAGUGCUUCUCCAAGAUACACAACCAACCAGUGUUCGCGCAAUGGCCACCUCCGGAAACCGUAAACUGCUCGCGCUGCUGCAGCGCCCUCUGGAACCGACCUUCUACCCGAAGGACGAUGGAAAGACCGUGAUCGAUCUGCCGGAGAACUACCUCACCGAGCGGUACCGUCCAAUUGGUGAGGCGCUGCAGAACCGUUUCGGCAACGAUGCGGACAACCGCAUUCCUGUUCGCAACGUCGGAACACCGAACAUUGCCUUCGCGGAGGUCAUCGAUCGUCGUGGGGGAUUCUCGCUGUUCAACGCUAAGCACCGCAAGAUCGCCGGAGACUUGAUCGCGCUGUUCUUGAACCAGCCCGAUGUGGAGUCGCUGAUGAGUGUUGCGUCGUACUCUCGCGACCGGUUGAACCCGGUGCUGUUCCAGUACGCCCUGGCGGUCGCCAUCCAGCAUCGGCCGGACACCAAGGAUUUGAACAUCCCGUCGUUCUUGGAGCUGUUCCCGGACUCGUUUGUGGAUCCGUCUGUCUUUCCGAAGCUUCGUGAGGAAGGUGCCGUCGUUCAGCAGGAGAAUCGGAUGACGAUCGACAUUCCGUCGAACUUCACCGCUUCGGAUCGCGAAGACGAGCAGCGGUUGGCGUUCUUCCGUGAGGAUAUCGGUGUGAAUCUGCACCACUGGCACUGGCAUUUGGUGUACCCGGGUGAUGGUCCGGACGCGGUUGUGCGCAAGGAUCGUCGUGGUGAGCUGUUCUAUUACAUGCAUCAGCAGUUGAUCGCCCGUUACAACGUUGAACGGUUCUGUGCCAAGCUGAGCCGCGUGCAGCCGUUGAACAACCUGCGACAGCCACUCCCCGAGGGUUACUUCCCGAAGAUUAUCCGAAGCUCGAACAGCCGUGCGUUCCCACCGCGUCCACAGAACCAGGUGUUGAGGGACAUCAACCGCGUGGAUGACGAUGUUAUCUUCAGCAUCAGCGAUCUGGAGCGCUGGGGAAGCCGAAUUGCGGAGAGCAUCGAUUCUGGUUUCGUUCUUGGGCAAAACGGCCAACGAAUUCAAUUGACCGAAGCCAACGGCACUGACAUACUUGGUAACAUUAUGGAACCUUCGAGUCUGUCCGUCAACAGACAGUACUAUGGAAGUUACCACGGCGAUCUUCACAACGUGGUUGCCUACAGCCACGAUCCGGACAACCGUUUCCUGGAAGGAUAUGGCGUGGUGGGAGAGUUCCAGACGGCUAUGCGUGAUCCUUCGUUCUACCGUCUGCACUGUGAAGUGGACAACAUGUUCCACCGUCACAAGGCUACCCUCCCGGCUUAUCCAGCCAACCAGCUCAACUACAACGGAAUCCAGAUCCAAUCCCUUGCCGUUCAGCUGAAUCGUCCGAAUGCGCCGCAAAACGUUCUGCUCACCUACUGGCAACGCACCCAAGUUGAUCUGGCCACCGGACUGGACUUUGGCCCGCAAGGAAACGUGUUCGCUUCGUUCACCCAUCUUCAGCAUGCUCCGUUUACUUUCCGUCUGUCCGUGAACAACACCAGUGGAGCUGCUCGCCGCGGUACCUGCCGUAUCUUCAUCGGUCCUAAGGCCGACGAACGUAACACGCCUCUGACCUACAAGGAGCAACGUAUCCUGAUGGUGGAACUUGACAAAUUCACCGUGACUCUCAACCCCGGAACCAACAACAUCGUUCGCCGCUCGGAGCAAUCCAGCGUGACCAUCCCGUACGAGAGGACGUUCCGUUCGGCUGCCGUUUCGAGCCAACCAGGUACGGAGGUUUACCGGUUCUGCAACUGCGGAUGGCCCCACCAUCUGCUGAUCCCGAAGGGUACUCCCGAGGGACUCCGGUUUGACCUGUUUGCGAUGAUUUCGGACUACAGUGGUGACACCGUUAACCAGGAGUUUGACGAGAAUGUCAACUGCAACGACUCGCACUCGUUCUGUGGACUGCGCGAUCAGCUGUACCCGGAUCGUCGUCCCAUGGGCUAUCCGUUCGAUCGUAACGCUGCCACCAGCAUUCGUACGCUGCAGGACUUUACGCGCCCGAACAGCAACAUGGCGCUCACCGAUGUGCAGGUUAAGUUCACCAACACCGUCAUUGCCAGAACUUAGAUCAUUACUCAAAUCAAACCCGAGAACUUUUAUUGGCCACAGCAUUUUCUUACUUGUCUUUUCUCUUAGAAAUAAAUAAUUCAAUUUUAUGCUCAAAACUA